UUGUUUGCCUUUAAACCCUCUCACUCUCUCUCAACUCUCAAGCUCACUCAGAGGCAGAGCCUCCCUCUCACACUCACAAAUCUGCCCCCACCGCCACCGCCACCGCACGGUUGCUUCCACGUCGCCGUCUCCUCUGCGUCUUGUCCCGUCUCGUGUGCAUCUCCGUUGACUGUGACGUCGCGUCUCCUUGCUCCUGUGCCGCUGUGCGUCUCUCGUCGUCGCCGUCGCGUCCUCAUCCAGCGGAGCUCGCGUCACUGCUGCAUCCCCCUCUCUAGUCUCUGCAUCGCCGUGCUUGGUCUCCCUCUUCUCCCUCUCCCACAGUUACAGUCCCCACAGCACCAACCCUGACUCGCGUCCCGCAGCCCUUUCCUCUUCCUCUCCCUUCCUUGUAGUGCCUGUCUCUCUCUCCGUCGUCCCCCCAGCACGGCUCCACGCAGCACGCCUCGUCCUCUCCCAGUAACACGCCGUCGUCCUCGGCGGCUCCACGCAGGCCGCAGCACGCAGGCCGCAGCAGCUCUCCAGCAGGACGCCGUCAUCCUCGUACCGCCUCUCUUUCGGUCGUCCUCCCUGCACUCUGCCACUCUGUCUGCAUCAACAACUCAUCAAUAACAGUUUGAUCCUAGUAUAAGUGAUAACAUUGGUGAAACUGAAGGUGGAACUGGUGGACAUGUAAUGCUCAGCUCAUACUCAUAGUCACUUCAGUUCCUUAUCCCUUCCUUACCCUCCAAAUGGCUAAAGCACUCCAACACUCUCCAACUCUUCUACUUCUUCUUCAACCACCUCCUCCUCCGUCUUCUUCUACCUCUCAAGCUUCUUUCCCUCUUAAACCCUUACCAUACUUUCCUUCUCCUGUCUCCUCCUUGUUAUUCUCUCCAUCUUCGCGCUUACCUUUUAUCACUACCAAGGCCAAUGUGCCAGGUUGUACUUAUACCCCUGCUUCUGCUGCUUGUUCUUGUGAUGAUUCUGAUGACGAUUGGGAUGACACUGGCAGCAACGACUGCUUCCAUAACUGCCAACUGAUUCGAGAUUGUGAUGAAUUAAUUGACGAUUUCAUGGUGGAGGAGAAUGAACACCAACAUGAACACAAACAUGCUUUGGCUAAUUGGAGGAGGUUGCUGGUUCUGAACAAGAAAUGGAACAGCAUUAGGCACUUCUUCUUUACGCGCUGUCAGGAUAGAGCGCGCAACGAAGAUGAUCCAUGGACCAAGGACAGGCUUCUUUGGCUUGCAAACAAUCUUAAACAGAUAGAUGAUGAUGUCCAGAGACAUAAUGACCUUAUUCAAAUUAUGAAAGACGAGCCGUCAGAAAUUAGUGAAAUUGUCUCCACUUUUCGUGAAGACUUAACUAGAGAAUUCUUUGUGCAUCUUCAUACAUUAGUUGAAUCUUACAAUGACAAUCCAGAAGUGCAAAAUAAUUUCGUAAGGCUUUGGAACACAUGCUUGGUUGCUGUAGAAGAAUAUGAUGCUGCAACUCAAAGCAUUGAAGCAAUAGAUGAUGCACAGGGCAACCUUCAAAAUAUGAUCACAUCUCGUGGUGAUGCUUCCAGCCAGAACAGAGAAAUUUUGGAUGUGAGAUGUCGAUGCUUUGGUCCAGAGUUAGUAGCUCGUUGGCUGCGGUCUUGUUAUGACAUGGAAGAGGUUGGAAGGAUACAUGCAAUCAUAUUGAAAUGUUUUAGAGAGUCAGCAACAUAUGUUGAUAAUAAUUUGAUUUGUAGUUAUUUGAGAUUGGGUAAUUUAACUCGGGCUCGUCGAGUGUUUGAUAAAAUGUCAAGAAGGGACGUAGUUACGUGGACUGCUAUUAUUGAUGGGUAUUUGAAUUAUAACCUGGAUGAUGAAGCUUUAAAUUUGUUUCGUGAAUCCAUUAAACAUGGGGUUCAAGCAAACAGCAAUAUGCUGGUGUGCGUCAUGAAUCUGUGUGGUAAAAGAUUGGAUUUAGAGCUGGGAAAACAAAUUCAUGCUCAUAUCUUGAAAAGUAACUGGAGGAAUUUAAUUGUUGACAGUGCAGUUGUUCAUUUUUAUGCAAGAUGUGAGGAAAUGUCGAGUGCAUUUCGAACAUUUGAUCGAAUGGCUGAGCGAGAUGUGGUAUGUUGGACAACCAUGAUUACUGCAUGUUCCCAACAAAGGCUUGGGCAUGAAUCCUUGUUAAUGUUCUCGCAAAUGCUUGGUGAUGGGUUCUUUCCUAAUGAAUACACUGUGUGCGCUGCACUAAAGGCUUGUGGAGAGAAUAAAGAAUUGAAAUUUGGGACACAGCUGCAUGGUGCCAUAGUAAAGAAAAUAUGUAAGAGUGAUGUUUUUGUUGGAACUUCCCUCAUUGAUAUGUAUGCAAAGUGUGGUGAAGUUGUGAAUUCUAAAGAAGUUUUUGACAGAAUGAGAGUUAGAAACACAGCUACUUGGACAUCCAUUAUAUCAGGAUAUGCUCGAAAGGGGUAUGGCGAAGAGGCUCUAAGUUUGUUUCGAUUGAUGAAGAGGAAAAAGGUUCAUGUUAAUAAGAAGACAAUUGCAAGUGUCACAAUGGCUUGUGGCUCAGUGAAGUCUUUGCUGUCCGGAAAAGAAGUGCAUGCACAGAUAAUCAAGAGCGUUAUCCACGAUAACGUUUACCUAGGAACCUCAUUGGUAUGGUUCUACUGCAAAUGCAAAGAAUACUCUCAUGCUUUCAAGGUGCUCCAGCACAUGCCUUCUAGGGAUGUUGUCUUAUGGACUGCCAUUAUCUCUGGUUGUGCCAAGCUUGGGCUUGAAUCUGAGGCCUUACAGUUCUUGCAGGAAAUGAUGGAGGAAGGUGUGGUUCCAAACGCCUACACUUACUCGUCGCUGCUGAAAGCAUGCGCAAAUUUAGAAGCGCCAAUGCAAGGGAGAUUGAUUCAUUCCUAUGCAAGCAAGACCCCUGCCUUGUCUAAUGUAUUUGUAAACAGUGCUUUGAUCUACAUGUAUGCAAAAUGUGGGUAUGUUGCCGAUGCCUUGCAAGUCUUCGAUAACAUGCCAGAGAGGAAUUUAGUUUCUUGGAAAGCCAUGAUCUUAGGUUAUGCAAGAAAUGGGCAUUGCCAAGAGGCAUUGAAGCUCAUGUAUAGAAUGCAAGCAGAAGGCUUUGAGGUGGAUGAUUAUAUCCUUGCAACAGUUUAUACUGCAAGUGGAGGUGGGUGUGAAGACAUCGAUUGGGAUAUUGAGUCCUCAUCGCGUUACUGGCUUUCCUCUGAAUCUUCUGCGAGAUAGUGUAUAUUCAGUAGAAGUAGAGUAUAUUAUAGUGUAUAUUCAGUAGAAGUAGAGUAUGCAGAAAGGUUUUUAAUUUUCACAAUCGAUCUGCUACUAGAUGUUAAUGAUAGCAUACAUUUGUUGUAUACUUGUAUUUGCAUCCACUCACCACUCUUAAUGCCAAAUGCUACUUUUGGGGUAUUAAUGUUAAUUUAUCCAAA